AUGGAAAGAAUAAAUACAACUGCCAUCUCAGAGUUCCUCCUCCAGGGUUUGCCUCUUGAGCCAGAUCAGCAAGGAUUGGUCUAUGCCCUGUUCCUGGCCAUGUAUCUUACCACUGUCCUGGGGAACCUCCUCAUCAUCAUACUCAUUCGACUGGACUCCCACCUUCACACACCAAUGUAUUUCUUACUCAGCAACUUGUCCUUCUCUGACCUCUGCUUCUCUUCUGUGACUGUUCCCAAGCUGCUGAAGAAUAUGCAGAGCCAAGACCCAUCUAUCUCCUACGCAGGCUGUUUAACCCAAAUGUACUUCUUCCUGCUUUUUGCAGACCUGGAGAGCUUCCUCCUUGUGGCCAUGGCCUAUGACCGCUACGUGGCCAUCUGCUUCCCCCUGCACUACACCUUCAUCCUGAGUCCUAGGCUCUGUCUCUCCCUGGUGGUGCUGUCCUGGGUGCUGGCCACGUUUAUCUCUCUGUUGCACACCCUGCUCACGGCAAGGUUGUCUUUCUGUGCUGAUAAUGUGAUCCCUCACUUUUUCUGUGACCUGUCAGCUCUGCUGAAGUUGGCUUGCUCUGACAUUCAGAUAAAUGAAAUAGUAAUAUUUAUCGUAGGAGGACUUGUCACAAUUGUCCCAUUUCUGUUGAUUUUUUCAUCCUAUGCACGAAUCGUGUCUUCCAUCCUCAAGGUCCCUUCUGCUAGGGGUAUCCGUAAGGCCAUCUCUACCUGUGGCUCCCACCUUUCUGUGGUGUCAUUGUUCUAUGGGACGAUCAUUGGCCUCUAUUUGUGCCCUUCAGUUGGCAAUUCUACCAUGAAGGAGACUGUCAUGGCUGUGAUGUACACUGUGGUGACCCCUAUGCUGAACCCCUUCAUCUACAGCCUGAGGAACCAGGACAUAAAGGGAGCCUUGAAAAACAUCUUUACAAAGUGGAUGAUGCACUUUUCUUUGGGACAGUGA